AUGUAUUCCCUCGUGCCGAAGGCUAUACGAGUACGCUUUGCUAUCGUAGGAAUUAUUUUAUUAUGCAUACAUUUGAGUCUCUUCCAACUGCACAGCCCCGCGUCUCAGUUUAACCAUUCCGUUACGGACAUAUAUGGGAAACAAGUCGACUGGACACGCUUUGCAUACAUCCAAUAUGUGACCAACACAGAGUACUUGUGCAAUUCAGUUAUGCUUUUCGAGACUCUUCAUCGUCUGGGAGCGAGGGCUAAUAAGCUUUUGAGGUAUCUAUCUCAUUUCUCUGUGGCAACUGACGAUGAUUCUACCGAAGUCCGUUUGCUUCGUCACGCUCGGGAUGUAUAUGGAGCAAAUCUCAAACCAAUACACGUCCAGAAACGGAAAGGGGCCGAUGGAACGAUCAACUCACAGGAUAAAUGGUCAUGUGCGGAAUGGUCGGCUAAUAAUGAGCAGCUACCUGGGCCGAAAGCUUCACAAAGCUGCUUGCUGUUAACCAAACUGAAUACGACCGUACUAUGGAUGAAUUAUUACUACUGCCGCCAAGUCCAGUGGCCAUGCCGCGAGGCAUACUGGCUCAACCAAAGUGAACGUAUUCUCAGCUCCCAAGUCAUACUCAUAGAGCCAUCACACUGCGAAUUUGAUCGGAUAAUAGAGUGUAUCUCCGCUGCUGGCGGGAUCAAUUAUGAUAUGGAGAUCGUGAACUAUCUUUCUAAAGAUAGCGCUACUAUCCUACCGCAUCGGCCCUACAAUCCUUUGACGGGAGAAUUCCGGUCGGAAAGGCAUGAAAUAUAUCUCGGGAACCCAAUAGAAGCUUGGGAUUCUGCACGUAUCUUGAAUGAGACGAAAUAUGUUCAUUUCUCUGAUUGGCCUGUUCCAAAGCCAUGGGUUGACGCUGAUCCCAAAAUUAUAGAGGAAAAGCAACCCACGUGUGACCUCAACCCAUUGACCAGAAUCGAAAACAAGUAUCGGGAUAUAGACAUUUGGCGGGGAUUAUAUGAUAACAAUAAACAAAAACGGCAUGUUAAAAUUGAUGUAUAA